ACAACGCUUAGUUCGGUCCUGGCCUGUCUCGGCUCUGGACACGGAAGAAACAGUACAGCCGAGACUCCCACAUUGAAAACCUAAGAGUAACCCGUUCACUCCCUUAUAACGAAAGGUGUAUAACGUUUUCUUAGUGGAUUUGCGUGCGUUGAGGUGCGUUUGUGAGGUACCGAAGUGUGGGAUACCGCCGAAGACUCCAAAGUGGUUGUUUUGACUCCCUCCUCGUCUGUCCUAUCUUUAACUUGGCAAUAUUUCACGCAUUGUAGACUCGGGCAUGACACAAGGCACCGGAAAUGUUGGCAGGGGUGCUAGGCCGCGCUUGUAGACACUAAUAGCCUAUUAAAAUAACCCAGAGAGGCAGGAGGAGGCAGAGAAGGACAGGAACGGGGGUGCGGGUUGGUCACUUCCUAGGCCUAUCGCUAACCUUGGCGUCCCAGGUGUGUGUGCGUGGCCACCACCACCGAUACAGUAACAACAGGAAGCCAGCCACAGACUACCCCGCGCCGCCUCCACAGCCUCAGAAAGCGUAAAACCGGGCACGGAGCAACACAUUCACCUCCCGCCAUAGCCGCGGCGCGACUGGCGGAGUGGCUGUCUGAGCGAACCCGUGAACCCCCCCGCCGCGGUUCGACUCUGGCUCCGAAGCUUUUUAUGGCGGACUGUGGCGUGGAGAAUACCAUGGAGAAGCCCCCUGAGACCUCCCAGCCUCCAGACCCCUGCCACAGAGACGCAAAUACACAAGACCACAGAUACCACAACGGGGGCAUCAUGGCGGAAGAUGACCAGACGCAGACCACAUCCAAGACCCGGUUUUUACAGCUUUUAGAAGGUCUUGACGCCCCGGGGGACUCAGGGAACCCAAGUGACCCCCCGGAAUGGCUUGACCGUGACCUUUUUGACCGCGGGAGAGCGUUCUAUAAGCGGUAUCUCUUCUGUGUAUUCUUAUCUGACCUUGUGGCUCUCCUCGCGAUGUUCAGUGUGACGAGGAUCCUUCAGCCGCUCAUUUAUACUCGAAGGUCUGACACGCCCUUCAAGGCUCUCAGGAGGUACGUGUCCACCAUCGGCCGAGUGGUCCUGUGGUACUCCGGGGACUUGUGGCAGCCGCAGGAUCCCGCCCAUGAGGAUAUCCUGAAGGUCCGUCGGAUUCAUGUCGCUGCGGCCGCAACUUUCAACCAUCCCGACCGUCGUGACGCUCUCCACUCCGUCACCGCCUCAGGGGGCAAGAAUAACACAGACCAGCCUGCUUGCCCCUUCCACGCCCCUCUCAAGCAAGACAUCUCGAAGCAGGUGAAGGAGGAGGAAGGACAGGCAGAGAGCAGCGUGAUGGCGAGGCUGGAAGCACGACCUGGAAUGUAUCUGAGCCAGUGGGAUAUGACCUUCACGCAGUAUUGCUUCAUGGGGGUGAUAAUGGCACACCCCUGGAGGAUGGGGGCGUGGUGGGUGACGGAGAGGGAGCUGGAGGGGCUUGUCCAUUUCUGGCGAGGAUGUGGAUGGCUGCUCGGCAUUGAGGAUCGGUACAACUUCUGCAGCGGGACAGUGGAGGAAACCCGAGCUCUAUGCCUUGAGAUGGAGCGCCAGGUUGUCCGACCCUGCCUCGCCCGAUCCGGCAGGGACACCGAACACAUAGGCACAGCUCUAGUGGACGGCGUAAGCUCCCUGCUACCCUGGUUCUCCUACCCUGCCAUGCUGCGCUUCCUCGGGGACACCAUGAACCUUGACCUGCCUUCCGUCCGAGCCCGCAUGACCCUGAAACACACCUUGCAGUAUGGGUUCCUGAGGGUGCUGGUCCAUGGGUUGUUCCUGGUCCCUGGGGUGGUGUGGGUCUUCAAUGAGGUUCUGAAGCUGUCCCUCGCUGUGGUUCAAGGUCAGCACCCCAGAUGGAAGGCCAAGGUCAGGGUCAUGCCUUACUCGUACGUGGAGUAUACGUGACCUGGCGAUAGUGGUGAUGAUGGUGUUGAAAUUGGUGAUGAUGGUGUUGGUGGUGAUGGGGAGAGACUAGUUAAAGAGAAUUUGAAGGGAAAGUGAAGGAAAUAAAGAGAGAGAGAGAGAGAGAGAGAGAGAGAGAGAGAGAGAGAGAGAGAGAGAGAGAGAGAGAGAGAGAGAGAGAGAGAGAGAGAGAGAGAGAGAGAGAGAGAGAGAGAGAAUGUGUGUGUGUUGCUUGCUCAGUGAAUUAGAAAGCUGACGAAAGCAAAAAAAUAAAGAAUAAAGCAAUAUCAGAGAGAGAGAGAGAGAGAGAGAGAGAGAGAGAGAGAGUGUGUGUGUGUGUGUGUGUGUGUGUGUGUGUGUACAUAUAACUCACUAAAGUACAAGGAAGUGCCAAUUAUGUCAACUUUUCUAUGUAAGAUUCACACCCACUUAAGACUUUAAAAAAUGUAUAUACUUUUGUUUACCAGGGAAUACGGACAUUGAAUAUAAGUGCAUUGAAAUAUAAAA